GCGAAGGCGGAGCUAGUGAGAAAACAGUGGGGGAAAAAUACAUAACGCUCACUGAGCUGGUCUUCUUUCUCGACCUGCAGACGUCAUUGUUAACUGAUACACUUAAAAUUAGCUAAACCGGAAUCAAGUGUUCCUGUCGUAUCGAUAAAUCGAGCAUGGAAAUGGGCAUCUUCUCCGUCUUCAUCAAAAUACUGCUCCUUGUUGCCAGUGUCCAUGGCCAGACACCAAACACCGACAUCCAAGAACUGGCAGGCCGGACUGCGGAAUUUGCCACAGCAUUGUACCGCAAAAUUGCCAGCAGCAGUGAUGACAAUGUUGCCAUCUGCCCCCUAGCAGCCACUCUAGGACUGGCGUCCUUGGCUGCUGGUGCUGGGGGGGAUACAAGCAGGGAGCUGCUGCAAGGCCUAGGCCUGGCCCCUAUGGAGAAAGACAGCGAGCCAGACAAAAUCCCACUGCUGCUCCAGCAGCUCAGAGAAAUGACAUCCCAGACUGUGGCUACAGGCCUCUUCACCAGCCAGCAGGUCCAGGCUGAAUCCAGCUUCAGCAGUCAGGUCAAGAAGUUCUAUGACACUGAUGUACAAAGUGUGGACUUUGCUAAUGCUCAGGCUGCCAAAGUGAACAUCAACAACUUUGUUACGAGUGCAACAGCGAACAAGGUCAGGGAGGUGGUUGACAUUGUGGAUCCUCAAAGCCAACUGAUGCUGAUCAGUGCUGCAUACUUUACAGGAAAAUGGCAACUCCUCUUCAAUGCCAACUUCACCCAGCAAGAGCGUUUCUUUGUUAAUAAGUACCACAUUGUCCAGGUGCCCAUGAUGUUCCGUUCAGAUAAAUACUACCUGGCCUACGAUCCGACUCUAAAGGUGGGCAUUCUGAAGCUGCCAUGCAUGGAUGGCAAUGCCAUGCUUGUCCUUCUGCCAGAUGAAGAUGUGGAUUACACCUUCAUUGAUGAAGCCCUGACAAAUGAAGUGUUCCUCAGAUGGGUCUUGAAGCUAAAGAAGACGAAGUUGGAGGUCCAGUUGCCCAAGUUUUUCCUAGAGCAGACCACUGCACUGAAGCAAAGCCUUCCCAGUCUGGGCAUUACCAAAAUCUUUGAGAGCGGCGCAGACCUGUCUGGCAUCAGCAGCUCCCCAGGCCUGAAGCUCUCCGAGGUGCUCCAUAAGGUCUCGGUGGAAAUAGAUGAAAAAGGGGGAUCAGCUGUCCCAGUUUCAGACAGUCCCUUCAUGGACACUCUUCCUCCAAGGCUCACCUUCAACAGGCCCUUCCUCUUCCUCAUCUACCAUGAAGCCACCAAAACCUUGCUACACAUGGGCCGUGUGGUUGACCCCACUAAGAAAUAGUCACAUGUGAGAAACUACUAACCACAUGUUUAUGUCCUAAUGUUCAUCAAAGACACAUCUUGAGUUUGCAGUCUGAGACACAAUUGACAUACCCUUACCAUCUUCUGUACCUAACUUAAUACAUACUAUACAAAAGCUUAGGUCCGUAUGUUCUACUUUUAACUGCAAUAUAAAUAUUAUAAUGUUUAAAUACUGUAUGAGGUUAACUGCACAUGUUGAUAAAUGGCACUGGUUUGCUUUAUGUCUUUUUGUUUACUCAGCCAGCCUACCUUUAUGCAUAACCCUCGUUUGCUUGUGUUUAUGCUAAUCUUAACCUUGUACAGGCAUUUCAACACUCUACGCUUGUACAGACAGUCCUCAAAAAGUGUUAUGUUCAACAUGGUCUUUAUUGAUUAGGUUCUGAAGGAUUGGCGUGAAUCACUCAGGUGCUGUGAUGCACCAGGCACAAUGUCACUGGAUGGAGAGUCCCAGAACUCUUAAAGGUGGCGCUCAGUCAUAAAAAUACAUACUGCGUCUUUUUUCAUAACCAUUUGGAAAAUAUAAAACAAAGAGAUUUUGCAAAGCAUGCUAUAAUACAAGAAACAAAAAAUGAACCAAUAAAUUAAAUACAUCAUA